UAUUCAGAUUUAUAAUAGUUUCCCUUCUCAUCGUCUCCUUCUCCCCCCCCCCCCCAACAAAAGAGGACCUCCUCGUCCCCCUCCUUCCCCAAGAUAUAUAUUUCUAAAAACUUCCCUUAUCCCAUAACAUUCUCCACACAAAUAUUAGCUCCAUGAGUUCCAAUAUCCAAAAAAGAAAGAAAAAAAAAAGUCUCCUACAACAGAUAUUCCAAUUUAUAAUAGUUUUCCUUCUUUCCGUUCCGCCUCCCCCCUCAUUCCCCGUCCCCCUCCUUUCCCGACGUCUGUCAAGCGGAGGAUCGUCUGCUAGGAGAAGGAGCCCCUCUUGACGGCGUACAGCACCUCCUUCCCCUUCCUCACUCCUUCGCUUAGUUAUCUCCGGACGACAGCAGAGAAUUGUGAUUUUUUUUUAGAUUUAAUGGUUGUUUAAAUGGGUUGAGUUUGUUGGUUAUUCUUUAAAAUCAGUCGAUUUAGUCCAGUGGAGACCCCGAGAGCCUAGUGUAUGUCCCCUUCCUUCUCGCGUCUGUUUUGGCUUCCAGACGUCCGUGUUCCAGCCCGAUUUUUAUUUUAGUUAACUACGUUGGAGGGUACAGAGGAGUUCUUUAAGGGGUGAGGUUUAGAGAAGUAAAUACUAAGGAAGAACUCGACUUUUAGACAAGAAAAUAUUAAAAGAUUAGCGUCCAGCUCCGCCUGGGCCCCGGACGCAGGGGAGCCUCCUUCUCCAGGGAGCCAACCAUGAGUGACCAUGACGUUGAUGACAUCGCCUUCCUCACAGGAUCGCCCAAUGAAAGCGGCUUCAUGGUUAACAAACGUGCUAUGUACGAGCCCGGGGCCGUGAUGGUGUGCUCCCAGAAACGGGCUUGCUGCGUCGUCACCCUCGGGUUCGUUGCCAUCAUCGCUGUCGCCCUCAUUGUAGCCUUCACUAAGCCAGGAUGCCCAGAGGCUACCUACACAGGAGAGCCGCUACCAGGCCAAAGCAUCCGGCCAACAAGUUCUCCCCCUACAACACCCCCUACUGCCACUAAUGGAGAGCUGUUCCCGUGGACGAGUGUUCGAUUACCCACACACGUUAGACCCUUACACUAUGACCUUAGUCUCCAUCCUAAUUUAACUAGUAGAUAUGUCAAAGGUGAAUUAACCAUCAAGUUAACUGCAAUAGAGGAGACACAACAGAUAGUCAUACAUGGCCAUGAACUGAAUGUAACAUCAUAUAAACUCCACAACAAAUAUGAAAAACCAAUCGGUAUCAGCAAGUUCCUCGAGUAUCCCGCCCACCAACAGCUAUAUCUCAAGUUAGAUGAGAUUUUACGUCGAGGAAGUAACUACACGCUGAGGUUAAGUUAUGAAUUCACCCUGAAGGAGGGCCUUGAAGGAUUUUACCUGUCAUCCUACAAAACAGCAAGUGGAGAGAAGAGGUAUAUCGCUACCACCCACUUCGAACCCACUGCAGCGCGUGCAGCCUUUCCCUGCUUUGAUGAGCCGCAGUUGAAAGCCAAGUUCCACCUGGGUAUUUACCGAGAACCCCACCAAUUUACCCUUUUCAACAUGCCGCUACAGACAUCGGUCAAAGCAGAGGAUUCAGAAUUGGUGUACGUUGUUCUGCCUAUAUUUUUACCUCCAAAUAUGUCAGUUUAUCAUUUUUUUGAACAUUCCAGAUUCCAUGAUCAAUUCCAAGAGAGCGUAGAAAUGAGCACAUACCUAGUAGCCUUCGUAGUGUGCGAUUAUGACCAUGUGACCAACAAAACAAGCAACAAUGUUAGUGUCUCAGUCUAUGCUCCUCCUAUGAUGAUAAGCCAAGCCAGCUAUGCUCUGCGGAUGGCCACGCAGAUCCUUGACUUCUAUGAGACUUUCUUUGGGGUUCCGUAUCCUCUCCCCAAACAAGACUUGAUUGCAAUCCCUGACUUUGGAGCUGGUGCUAUGGAGAAUUGGGGGCUGAUCACUUAUCGUGAAACUGCACUUAUGUUUGACCCCAAUCACACGUCAUCUCGAGCUCAGCAGAGAGUUACUGUUGUGAUUGCCCACGAGCUCGCCCACCAAUGGUUUGGUAAUCUGGUAACCAUGGCAUGGUGGAGUGACCUAUGGCUUAAUGAGGGUUUUGCAAGCUUCAUGGAAAACCUGGGAACAGGUGUUGCUGAGCCAGGCUGGGCCAUGCAGGAGCAGUUCAUCGUGGAGAAGAUGCAGCCGGCCCUUUCCUUGGAUGCGCUCUUGGCCUCCCACCCAAUCUCAACCCCUGUGGCCGACCCUGCACAGAUUGAAUCCAUAUUCGACACAAUUUCCUAUAAAAAGGGUGCAUCAAUUAUUGGCAUGCUUGAGUCCUUCAUUGGGCAGGACAUGCUGAAGGCAGGAUUGAGGCUCUACCUUGAGGCCCACAGGUAUGGUAAUGCAGCAACAGAUGAUUUGUGGGAAGCCUUGACCAGGGUACUCAAGAAAUCUGGCCAUAAUCUUGACAUUAAGGGAAUCAUGGACACAUGGACCCUCCAAGCUGGGUUCCCGCUCAUCAGUGUCAGCUUGGAGGAUGGGCUCGUGACGGCUAGCCAAGCACGAUUCCUAGUGUGUGAGGAGAACGUGACUGACCCCAAUGAACCCCUCAACGCCACACUGGGAUACAAGUGGCAUGUUCCCUUAACCUACGUAACCAGUGCCAACCCUAAGAAUGAGACAAUGCACUGGAUGAACUUGACCGACGUGGAAUUUGAAGUGGGGAAGGAGGUCAAAUGGAUCAAGUUCAAUGUUGGGCAACGAGGCUUCUAUCGGGUCACCUACGACGAGGGGGGUUGGGAUGCCCUCAUCCACGUACUGCAGACAGAUCCUCACACUCUUUCCCCGGCCGACAGGGCUUCACUGCUUGACGACGCCUUCACGCUGGUCAAGGCCGGCACCAUCAAUGCAACAGUGGCGUUGAACCUGAGCCUCUACCUUAAGCGGGAGAGCCUGUACAUCCCUUGGCACACGGCCCUAAAUCACCUCUUCAGCUGGGUACAACUGCUCUUCAACUACCCUGCACACACUCUUAUGCUUGAGUAUAUCCACAUCCUUAUAUUGCCUCACUAUGAAAGAGUUGGAUGGAUGGACACAGGCACACACAUUGAAAGGCUUUUGCGAUCUGAGAUUCUCAUGGCGGCAGUGGAAUGUGGAAAUAUACAUGCCAUUGAGGAAGCCCAGAAAAGAUUUGCUGCCUGGCGAAACAAGAAUGAGUCGAUUCCACCCAAUCUCCGCUCUGUUGUCUACAAAACAGGAGUCAGAUAUGGCACAGAAGAAGACUGGAGGCACUGUUGGCAGGUUUACAAUACGUCCUCAAUCCCCAGUGAGAAGAGCCUGAUGCUGAAGGCUAUAUACCUCGAGUACACUCUUGAUGGCUCCAAGAUCAGGCCACAAGAUGUGAUGAUUGUCCUGAGGGAGGUGAGCCAAAACCCUGGUGGAAGGCUCUCUGCCUGGAGGAUGGUACGUCAGCACUGGACACAGAUUUCACAGCUCUUCGGCCACGGCUCCUUCACCAUUGGGGCAAUCAUUAAGGCUGUCACUUCUCCUUUCACAUCAGCUUUUGACUUGGGCGAGGUUGAGUCAUUCUUCAGCAAUGUAGAUGUGGGACCUGGGGAGCGUGCACUUGCCCAGGCACUCGAGACCAUCAGACUGCACAUUCAGUGGCAUGAGCACAACCUGGACGACGUGACACAGUGGCUUCACCAACAGCUGUCCAAGCCAGAAGGGAGAGAUGAAUAGGGUUAGACUUAGCCUUCAUAGA